AUGAGGUAUUUCGCUGGCAUUACGCUCCCGGCGGUGCUGUUUACAGCUAUUGCCAAUGCAUACGCCAGUCCUGGCAGCUGCUCAGGGGCCUGCAACGUGCAUGACCCUACCUUGAUCCAACGCUCGUCUGACAAGCGAUAUUUCCGGUUUUCCACUGGGAACAAGAUAUCAUACGCGAGUGCAACCUCCAUCAAAGGUCCAUGGACAAAUAUUGGAUCUAUUUUGCCUGCUGGGUCCUCAAUUGACCUUCCUGGUCGUGAUGACCUUUGGGCACCUGACGCUCAGCUCGUCAAUGAUCUUUACUAUGUCUACUACACGGUUUCCACAUUCGGGUCACAGGAUUCGGCGAUUGGAGUAGCCAGUUCCCCGACCAUGGAGCCGGGUUCCUGGACUGACCACGGAAGUACUGGAAUCAGGUCCUCCUCCUCCAAGAGCUACAAUGCUAUCGAUGCCAACCUGUUCAAUGAUGGUGGAUCUUACUAUAUGACCUUUGGUUCUUUCUGGCACGAUAUCUACCAAGCUCCUAUGAACUCGGCUGCCACCAAAGUUGCAUCGUCAUCUUACAAUGUGGCCUUUGACCCGUCAGGAACUCAUGCGGUUGAGGGUGCCUACAUGUACAAGCAUGGUAGUUACUACUACCUCUUCUACUCUGCGGGAAAAUGCUGUGGCUUCGAUACGUCUCGCCCUGCCAGUGGCGAAGAGUACAAGAUCAAGGUCUGCCGAUCUACAUCGCCAACGAGCGGAUUCGUGGACAAAUCUGGUGUUGCCUGCACAAAUGGAGGAGGUACAGUUGUGCUGGAAAGCCACGGCAACGUUUACGGGCCCGGGGGGCAGGGUGUCUUUACCGAUUCCAGGCUUGGCCCUGUUCUAUACUAUCACUAUGUGGACACAACUAUCGGUUACGCCGAUAGCCAAAAAUUGUUCGGCUGGAACAAAAUCGACUUUUCCAGUGGAUGGCCAGUUGUUUGA